AUGAGGGUGGAGGUGCUGGUGGUCUGGGCCACACUAACACUGUGCUGCACCCUGGUCCGUGCAGAAGAAGAAGAAGAGGGAGAAAAAGGCAGAGACUCCAGUGGCCAGGUUCAGGUAAGACAAACCAGAGCUGUGGUCAAACAAGUGAGACAAAAGAAGGAGGACAUGGACGUUCAGAUGUUGGACGAGCCUGUGGUGGAGAUGGAGGCAGAAUCCACCAAACCAAAGAAGAAGAAGACCCCGGAGGAAAUUGAGGCAGCCAGAGCAAAGAAAGCUGCAGAGAAGGAGGCCAAAGCAAAGAAGCAGAAAGCCCCAAAGCCCACCAAAAAGCCCAAGCCCCCCAAACCUACCAGGAAACCCAAAGCACCAAAGGCAACCAAGAAACCUAAGGUGCCUAAACCCACAAAAAAACCAAAGGUUGCAGCUACAGCGCCUCCACUGUCCAAGCCCCCUACUUCCCCGGAGGAGGAAGAGGAGAAACUGCUGAUUGAACUGGGCUGGGACAAACUCGUUCCACCUGCGACCCCGACGGAGCCGGUAGAGCCAGGCCUGGAUGAAAUGCCAGACAAGAAGCAGAGCACGACUACAGAGGCCAUUAUGUUCAUCCCAGAGGAAACGACUGUUGUUCCAUAUACGAUUCCCUGGUAUGAAGAGUACAAUUACGAUGAUUUGGCUGCUAAGAAACAAAUGGAAGAAGAAGAGAGAGCUCGGAAGGAAAAGGCAGAAAAGGCUGAGAGACUAAAGAAAAAGUGGGAGGAAGAAGAAGAGGAGGAGAGGAGGAGGCAACUGUUACUGCCAACAGAACCCAAGACGUGUCCUCCUUUGGGUUUGGAGUCCCACAGGGUGGAGGAUGACCAGCUGUUAGCUUCUUCUCAGUCUCACCAUGGCUUCACAGCUCAGAGGGGCCGGCUCAACAUGCAGGCCUCUGACGAUGAAGACGAUCUGUACGGUGGCGCGUGGUGCGCAGAGACGGAGGAGGCCAGCCACUGGUUUGAGGUCGACGCUCACAAAGAGGUAGAGUUCACCGGGGUCAUCACUCAAGGACGGAACUCUGAGACACAUGAAGACUUUGUGUCCUCCUACUUUGUGGGCUUCAGCAACGACAGCCGUGACUGGACUGUGCUUCAUGAUGGAUACGCUGAAUGGCUGUUUUAUGCCAAUGUGGACAGGGACACACCGGUGAUAAACCAGUUUCUGACUCCUGUCGUGGCGCGUUACAUCCGUAUCCUUCCCCAGAGUUGGAACGGCAGCCUUUGUCUCCGAGCUGAGAUCCUGGCCUGUCAACUGCCCAGCAUUUAUCACAGCGAGAACGAGGUGAACGCCUCAGACGCCCUGGACUUCAGACAUCACAACUACAAGGAGAUGAGACAGAUGAUGAAGGUGAUCAACGAAGAGUGUCCCAACAUCACGCGGAUUUACAACAUUGGCAAAAGUUACCAGGGCCUGAAGAUGUAUGCAAUGGAGAUCUCUGACAACCCAGGAGAGCAUGAGACAGGGGAACCAGAGUUCCGGUACACCGCUGGUCUACAUGGUAAUGAGGUGCUGGGAAGGGAGCUGGUUCUCCUGCUGAUGCAGUUUCUGUGCAAGGAAUACAAUGAUGACAAUCCAAGAGUGCGCCGCCUUGUGGAUGGAGUGAGAAUACAUCUGGUACCCUCACUCAACCCUGAUGCCUACGAGCUGGCCUAUGAAAUGGGCUCAGAGAUGGGAAACUGGGGCCUCGGCCAUUGGACCGAAGAAGGUUACGACAUAUUCCAGAACUUCCCCGACCUGAACACCAUCUUGUGGGGUGCUGAAGACAGAGGCUGGGUUCCUCGUAUCGUGCCCAACCAUCACAUCCCGCUCCCUGAAAACUCCCUCAACGGCUCUCUGGCAGUUGAGACUAAAGCCAUCAUUUCCUGGAUGGAACGCAAUCCUUUUGUGCUCGGAGCAAAUUUGCAAGGAGGAGAAAAGUUGGUGGCGUACCCAUUUGAUAUGCAGCGUCCUCCUGUAUCUGUAACCGACAACAGGCGGUGGAGGAAUAAUCCUGAAAUGAGCGAGGAGACCUGGGCUCGAGUUCAGCGGCAAAAUGAAGGCGGUCUGAGGGAGACGCCGGACGACACCAUGUUCCGAUGGUUGGCCAUGUCUUACGCACACAGCCACCUGACCAUGACGGAGACUUACAGAGGCUCCUGCCACGGUGAUGAUGUCACCGGGGGUCAGGCCAUCGUGAACAGAGCCAGUUGGAAACCAGUAGUAGGCAGUAUGAAUGACUUCAGUUACCUGCACACCAACUGCUUGGAGCUCUCCGUCUUUUUGGGCUGUGACAAGUUUCCCCAUGAGAGUGAACUGCAACUGGAGUGGGAGAACAACCGCGAGGCUCUGCUGUCCUUCAUUGAACAGGUUAAUCGUGGUAUAAAGGGCAUAGUCAGAGAUGUGGAGGGAAACCCAGUGUCCAACGCCACAAUAUCUGUGGAGGGAAUAUGGCAUGACGUGACCACAGCGGCAGGUGGUGAUUACUGGCGGCUCCUGAAUCCUGGCGAGUACAAGGUCACGGCCAAGGCUGAGGGCUACAACCCGCAGACCAGACUGUGCAUGGUGGGCUACGACUCCGGAGCCACUCCCUGCAGCUUCGCCCUAACUAAGUCCAACUGGGAUCGAAUCAAGCAGAUAAUGGCGCUAAAGGGCAACAGGCCCAUUCGAUUGAUCACCAAGUCAAACGUGGUGAAGACCACGACAGCCAGUCCUGUGGCUGUGACGGAAAAUCGCGUCCACUCCCAGAAAAUGGAGCGACUCAGACGGCUGCGUCUACGACGGCUGCGUCUGAAGAAACUAAGAGCCAGACUGAGCGGCACUACUCCUCCUACUACUACUACUACUACAACUACUACAACCACAACAACCACAACUACAACACCUGAAACUGAGAGAACAACUUCCUGGUUUGACUCCUGGUUUCCUGUGGACUACUGGUCAACUGAGAACCCAUUUGACAGCAUUGUCUUCAAGUCAGUGCCCACACAGGACUAUCCCUUUGAAUUCAGCAUUGACUAGUAAUUGCACUGUCCAAGUCCAGAGUCGUGUCACAUUAUCACCACAGCUCAUCUCCAAUCACACAGAUAUACAAUUAUCACAACAGAUUUAUCUUUCAGGAUUCAGUGCCUGACAGUUCAGGUCAGGUUUACACCGACUUUAGGCUGCAGUUCAUAUCGUAUCGUCUCACACCCUAAGACAUUUGAGGCUGGAAACUAAAAUCUUUACCAAUGUCGAUCAUGGAAAAUCCUACUUUUAUUACCAGACAGACACACGGGAGCUGCUGGUCAGCUGCUCCACUGCUCUGUAGGUUUGGGUCCUUCAGGUAAAUUCACACUCCCAAAAACUAGGGCUUUCAAAGUCCAGCUGUGGAUUAAUCACAUUAAUCAUGAAUAAUCUAUUAAGGACCAAUCCUUAAUAGAUUUUUCAAAAUAAUAUUUUGUUCAGAAUCAGAAAAUAAAUACAACAGAAAUAAUCCAACUUAUGCAUUCUUCCUGUGCGGCCUGGUACCAAAUGACCCACGGCAGUGACUCUUGUGAGGUGUAGACUUUUCACAUAAGACUCCAGGUCAGAGGUCAUUACCUCCACAACCAAACAACAACAACAAAAAACAUCAAAGUUUUCUGACGGAUAUUUGACAAAGAAUUGAAAACCUCUGCUGAGCAGAGAAUACAGGGCUCGUGUUUUUAUGGGUUUCUGUUAUAUUAAAAAAAAAAAGAAAUUGUACAAAGAAGGGCAUUUAUUAAAAUUAACGUAUUAACAUACGUUUCUUUAGUAGUUAGCAGGUUUGAUAUUUGGUCCCACAUGAAUCUGUUUAAUUGUUCUGGUGAAUGCAGUUUUAUUAAACACACAUUAUUGUCUGAAAUA